CACAGCCAAACCGACAGCUUAAGCGCAGUAAUGGAUCCGAAAUGAAGCUACGCCACACGUCUGGGCGGAUUAUACAGCCGCACUAAUGUAGAAGCACUUUGCAGAUAUCGUGAUAUAAUUUCCGUCAUAAAAUUUCCGGUUGCCACGUCCUUUCACAAGUACUAACCUCAUUUAAACGGCGACACAGCGCUACGUUAGCUAACUAGUUAGAUUAGCCAGUUACAAACACAGUACCGUUAGCCAGAGUGGAUAACGCAGAUUCAUGUCGUGCUCAUACCACCGGACUCCCAACACAAAACAACCGAGAACAAGCUGAUGCGUGGUGAACAUUCUGGUGCAAAAUGGCUGCUGUCCCUCAUGCAGCACCAAUAAACUACGCGGACCUAAACGACGAUGCUGCUGAUUGGAGUACCCAGGUGCCAGUCUUAACGCAUUGGGCUGGCCGAUUGAAACAGUGAAUGCAGCGCUUCUCAGUUUCGCCGCCACACUUGCGGGUAAGGUAGUAGCCUAUUGCCUACUAUCCGGCGCGAGAGAGUGUGCAUGACAAACAGCAAGAGAGUAAAACAGGAGAGAGGAGAGAGAAAAGCGCAAGCGGGAGAGAGAGAGGAAAGAAAGAAACUAAAGUGACUAUGGCCGUAUCAGCAACUCCCCCGGUGCUCUCCCCCACCUCUACCCCGGGCUCCGGCGGCUUAUUCCGCUCCGAUCCCCUGUACACGAGUCCUGCGGAGUCGCCGAGGCUGACCACCAGCAUGAUCAACACUUUCAUCAGCAGCGGCGGAGGCGGCGGGGGCAAUGGGAACGGCAACAGUGGCAAUAACGAGUGUAAAAUGGUGGAGGUCCACGGGGUCAAAGUAGCCUCGUUUAGUGUGGAGGGACAGGAGCUGAUCUGCCUGCCGCAGGUUUUCGACCUCUUUCUGAAACAUCUGGUCGGUGGACUGCACACUGUGUACACCAAGCUGAAGCGCCUGGAUAUAUGUCCCGUCGUGUGCACCGUGGAGCAGGUCCGGAUUCUGAGGGGACUCGGGGCUAUCCAACCCGGGGUGAACCGCUGCAAACUCAUCACCCGAAAAGACUUCGAAGCGCUGUACAACGACUGCACCAACGCCAGCUCCAGGCCGGGCCGCCCGCCGAAGCGCUCCCUGGGCGUGGGUCUGCAGGAGAGCUCCCGGCUCCUGCCCCACAGUGUACAUGGCCUGCUGUCCCCCGGCCUACUGUCCCCCACAGGGCUGACUGCGGCGGCCAUGGCGGAGGCUAUGAAGCUGCAGAAGAUGAAGCUGAUGGCCAUGAACAACCUGCACGGGGCCGGCAGCCAGAACGGGACCGAGUCUGAGAAUGAGGAGCUGAACUCCAAUGCAGGACAAAGAGCAAUGUGGGCCUCAGGUGGCAGUGAGUCCUCCUGGGAUAAAGAGAAGCUGCAGUCCCCUCCCCCACCCGCUGGCCCGCACGGCCUGGGUCACGCCGGCCUGUCGGCUCAGCACAGCCUGUCCGCCUCCCACCUCAGCUCCCUACAGCAGAGCCACCUCCUGGCCAAUCGACUCGACCUGCCGUUCAUGAUGAUGCCACACCCCCUCCUUCCCGUCAGCCUGCCUCCCGCAUCGGUUGCCAUGGCGAUGAACCAGAUGAACCACCUGAACACGAUUGCGAACAUGGCCGCUGCCGCUCAGAUGCACAGCCCCCUGUCCCGCGCCGGAGCCUCCGUCAUCAAGGAGUGCAUCCAGGACAGCCCCUCUCCGUCCCCCUCCCUGGAGGAGCCUCCCCGGCCAGGGUCCCCAUCUUCACACCCCAGCAGCAGUGCCUCCAGCUCCCCCGCCCACCAUCAACACACCCCCGACCGCCUCAUGAUAAACCCCUCUGAUGGAGACCUGGGGGAUCGAGAGGCUGGACUCAGCAUGAAGAAAAUUCUGAAAGAGAAAGAUGAGGCUCAGCUGAUGCCCAUGACAAAACCUGGUUUUGACAAAUUGCCCCUGGCUGGACAAGCCCUGCCUCCGGGCUUUCCCGCCCCCUUCCUCUUCGCGGAUGGGCUGUCCUCUGUGGAAACACUGCUAACCAACAUCCAGGGCCUGUUGAAGGUGGCUGUGGAUAAUGCCCGUGUGCAGGAGAAGCAGGUUCAACAAGAGAAGAAGGAGCUGAAGAUGGAGCUCUACAGAGAGAGAGAAAUGCGAGAGAGUCUGGAGAGACAGCUCACUUCCGAGCUACAGAGCAGAGCCACCAUACAGAAGCGGCUGAAGAAGGAGAAGAAGGCGAAGAGGAAACUGCAGGAGGCGCUGGAGUUUGAGUCCAAGCGGCGAGAACAGGUGGAGCAGGCGCUCAAACAGGCCACCUCUCCCGAGACCCUUCGCAUGAGUCUCAACGAGGCAGUGAUUCCAGAUGUUGAGACUGAACACAAUGGAAGCCAGCAGGAGAACUCUGCUGUACAAGAAAACAGACCCUACAUCAAGCCCCCUAUCAUGUACUGAGAGGAGUACCACGCCCUCCCCCAGCACCCCCAGCCUAAGGAGGGGGCAGGCCAUCGCCCCCGUGACAGGCUCUCUGCAAGGAGUUGGGGGAGGGGGUCCCAAGCCAUCGGAAUUCACCUUCAAGAUGGGGGGGGGGGGGUUGGGGGACACCACUCGCAGUGAAAGAGCGCUUACAUAGUGUCCUUUACUGGUACUCUGUCACUUCGCUAUGACAACUUGUAAAAAAAAAAAAAAUCUUUUACUCUCUUAUCUUGAAAUCAUUUCAUACUCUUUGUUUGUGGAGAAAAAAAAGGACCCGUCAAAAACAAAUGGACUUCCUCCAGAUUCUGAACUUCCUCAAAGCACAUACAGACCCUAUUCCCCUCUUAGUCUCUUGCUCAGUCAGCUCAAGCUCUUUUCUAUUCCUCCUGUUCUUGAUAUUAUUAUUAUUAUUAUUAUUAUUAUUAUGAAUCUGCCCAUUUCAUCAUUCCCAGAAUUCACUGUUGUUUCCAAACAGCACAAUUGCCUUGCAGGGCCUGUAGGGGGCAGUGUCUUUGGAAAGUCUGUAGAGCUCAGGAUCGCGCAGAAAUGGACAGUGUGUUAAAAAAAAAAAAUAAAAUAAGUGAAAUACAGAAUGACUGCAGCAAACCUUGAAGAGUGCUCCAGACUGGAGACCUCUCCUCUUUCCUCUUCCAGCAGAAACAAACCCUGAGGAAGGAAAAGUCCGAAGGAUUUUGUGUCCUCUUUUCUGUUCCCCCCCUCUCUCCCUAUUUCUCUGUCUUUCUCUCUAUUUCUCGUUUGGAACAUAAUGAUGUAGAAAAUAAACGUUAUCCUACCGUAAGUUGACUGACACAAUAAUGUGCCCCCCUCCCCCUCCUCUCCCCCCCCCCGUGCAUGGCCGUGGUGGGGCUCAUUACGUGAUUCAUUUUGUUUGUUUGUUUUCUGUGUAUUUUAAUCGAAGCCCGGUCCGGAGCGAAGAACCACAUUUUGAGGCAUAUCCUGUAGACCCCCUAGUAACGGUUUCUCUGUUGUACUGUAUUCAGUUUGAAAAUCUUUGUUGAAAUGUUCUUGCUAAAAAAAAAAAAAAAAUACAGUAUUACAAUAACCCCUUUUCUGUUUUACCCUUGUUUAUAAAGACAUGUAAAAAUGCUUUAGCGUCUGCUAUUAUGAUGUCGUAAUAAAGUGAAUACAUUUUUAGUGAUAAAAAAAAAGUUUAAAUAAAAUAAAUGACCCUAAUGCACAUCUGAUGCAAGCAUGCUAAUAGAUAUGACACAGGUUGAAAAUGACACACAGGUAAAAAAGCUGCCAAUUCAAAUGUGAUUUUUUUGGACAGUUUUUUGGGAUUUCAUUAUCAUCAUAAUCAAAAGCAGGCAGCUGUCAAUAAUGUUGACCAUGUUUUAAAUGAUAACAUUGCCACAUAUCACAGUCUUGCACAUGACACAAAAAAAUAACAUAUCUUCAGGAAUUGGUAGAUUUGUUUUAGUAAUAAAAUGUUGAAACGCU